CCAAGGCACAUCACAGAUCCCACAUCCCACUUAACGCUUCCCACCUCACGCGCCGCAACAAUACUUGCAAUCAUGUCUUCCGACAAACGAGUCUGCCUCGCCUACUCUGGAGGUCUUGACACCUCGACUAUCCUCAAGUGGCUCAUUCUCGAGGGCUACACCGUCGUCGCCUUCCUCGCCGAUGUAGGCCAGGUUGAAGAUUUCGCUGAGGUCGAGAAGAAGGCUCUGGCUCUCGGUGCCGAGCGCAUGGUUAUCGAUAACCUGCAGCAGGAAUUUGUCGACGAGCUCAUCUUCCGCGCCAUCCAAUGCAACGCGAUAUAUGAGGACCGAUAUCUCCUUGGAACCAGCCUUGCUCGUCCAGUCAUUGCUCGGGCGCAGGUCCGAGCUGCUCACAAGUACAACUGCAAGAUUCUCAGCCACGGUUGCACAGGCAAGGGCAAUGACCAGGUCCGCUUCGAACUAGCUUGGAAAGCAUGCGAUCCUAGUCUCUCCGUUGUCAUUCCUUGGAGGAUGCCAUCCUUCUUCAACCGCUUCCAGGGCCGACAAGACCUCCUAAAGUUCGCCGCGGAGAACAACAUACCCGUCUCGUCCACUCCCAAGGCUCCUUGGUCUCAAGAUGAUAACCUGGCACACUGCAGCUACGAAAGUGGAAUUCUUGAGAAGCCAGAUAUGCCUGCGCCUAAAAAUGUCUGGACCCGAACUGUUGACCCCCUCGACGCGCCCGAUGUCCCGACCAAGUUCUCCAUCACGUUCAGGGAGGGCAUCCCUGUCAAGCUCGAGGUGGAGGGCGGCGAGACCGUCACUGGUUCGCUCGAGCUCUUCAAGGCUCUCAAUGAGAUUGCCGGCCGCAACGGUGUUGGAAGGGUAGAUAUUGUUGAGUCUCGAUUCAUCUCGCUCAAGUCGAGGGGCUGCUACGAUUCCCCUGCCUUGACCGUGCUCCGUCUCGCACACAUCGAUAUCGAGGGUAUAACUGUCGACUCCAAGGUCAAGUCAAUCACGUCCUGGAUUGGAAAUGAGUGGUCCCAAUGCCUCUAUAAUGGCAUGUACUUCUCCCCUGAGCGUGAACUCCUCGAAAACUCCAUCGUAUUCAGCCAAAAGCACGUCCAUGGCAAGGUUAACAUGAUGGUCUACAAGGGCGCAGCUCACGUCCUUUCCCGGUCCGCGCCUGAGAGCAAUCUAUACAGUGAGGAACAGGCUAGCAUGGACACCCUCGAAGGUUUCAGCCCGGAGGAUACCACUGGCUUCAUUGCCAUCCAGGCGAUCCGACUGGAGAAGUAUGGUGCGGCCAAGAUCCAGCGGGGUGAACCCCUCUCAUAGAGGAGCCUGGCUACCUUGACGAGCGAAGGGAAACACUGGGGAUUCGUGGGGAGGGGAAGAGUAAAAGACCGCCAUGCCCAUGCACGCUUAGAUAAAAGUAGAAACCGGAAUUAGCAUCGUAGCUGUGAAAACCCGAACCCAUGCGCACCCAAGUCCACUUGCUAUAUUGUGGGUAGAAAGGAAUAGACACUGCAAUAACUGGCUUGAAUUCUACAUAA